AUGGAGUUGACGUUUGCACUGCGGUUUUUGAAACUUCAUGAAUUCCCACAAGCCUGGGUAAAUGCGGUGUGGAAUGCAGAAUUUACGGAGAUGAUUCCGAUGGAAGAGAACCUAGAAGAGGAACUAUCAGUCUGUGUAGAAGAUUUCAGAAGUCUGUACACAUGCUUGCUAACUUUUUCAAGGGAACAACAACAGUCUUUGAGCCAAGAUGACAAUUCACAGAGCAUUUGGACACAGCUGAGGGACAAUGGUGUCUCGGUGCAAUCUUUGGUUGCUGUGCUGUCCUCCUUUGUAUUGACCGGAAAAGCCAAAUCAGCUAAUGUUCAGCAGAGGGUAGGAUGCCUCCAUGCUGCUUCCCUCUAUCUUCUGCUGCUUGGAAUUCCUGGAAGCAUUUCCAACAAAGUUUUUCAUGAGAUUUUUUUGGACGCUUGCUUAAGUGCAAUCACUCACUGCUGGCCUCAGGAUUUGGGCAAGAAGCGCAAGAAGGACACUGUCAAGUGUUCUCAGGCAGAGGGCAAGCGUUCUAAACCACCCCGCAAGGAAACUCAAGAGAUGGAAGUAGAUGAGGAAGAGGAGGAGGAAGUGGAGCUCAAUUUCUCAAACCAAGACCUAAACAGGAUCAGAGGUGCAGUGGUUCUUCUGGUUCAGAGUAUUCUCAGACUGUUGCAGACAUUCUCACUCAAAGAAAAACCACAAAUUGCUUGCACUUGCAUCCAGAUUUUUACUAAGUUGCUCUACUUUGAACCGGUCAUUGGAGAGCUACACUUUGACAUUGGACAAGAUAUCACUAAACUGCAAAGCAUCCCUGAGAUGGCCUUCAUUGGCCUGCAGCUGAAUUGCUCAUCCAAACAUGGAGACCAGAAAGAAUCUCUGAGGAGGCUAUUUCACAGACUUCUCUAUGUGAUUUUGAUGAUGAAUAAAGGGGACAGAGGCAGACCAACCUUGCUUGUACUCAGCCAUGCAGUUCUUGCUACACGCGAUCAAGCCAUACAGUUUGUCUGUCAUGUUGUAAAUGAGCUGAAGGAACUGGCUCGUCCUUUAUUAAAAGUACUCCUGCAGCACAUUUGUCUUCAGAUGGUGGAAAAAUGCGAGUAUAGAACUCAUGGAGCCCAGGCUGUUGGCAUUCUGACAUUCGAGAUGUCGAAUACAGACUAUGCAGACUUCAUAAAGUGGCUGUAUAACUUUUCGAGACAUUCGAAGAUGGUGUCUCGACUGUUCUCUGUGGAUGUCGUGAUGGUCCUGCUAAGGCAGCCAGAGAGGAGCCCCGAGGAACUUGACGACCCACGUAUGACGUGCUACCUGCCACACCAGUUCCUAAUCCAGAGCCUGUUGUUUGCACGACGUAAUGACAACUCACCCACCGUCCAGAGCCACGUCUUCACCUGCCUGGCCCAGUGUCUGGAAUUAUCUUCACUCAACGCAACAUGCACUGUUCAAAACCUCUUCUCUGCGACUGGAGCUCAGACUGUAUUGGAAGGAGAAUCUACAGAAGGCAGUUCCAACCCGCCUCAGAAGACCUACCAGUCUUUGCCUUUCAGGACUGUGGAGGUUGGUGGCACCGAUAGCUUGGUCUGCGAUGCUAGAGAGAACAUCGGUCUUCUAUUGCGACGUGUUCAAGACUCCAAAUCCAAUGUUCGCAAAUCAGCACUGCAGGCCCUUGUGGGUUUUCUGAAGCAUGGUGUGAUCCCAAUGACUUGGGAGAACUUGUCUGUGCUCUCGGAGCGCUGCAGAGAUCCGGCUGUAUCUGUGAAGAAGAAAGCACUUCAGUGUGUGGGCGAAAUGCUCAAUGCCAAAUCAGAUUACAACCUGAUCCUAAAGGCAUGGCUGCAGGGUGUGCUACCAGCUGUGGUGGAUUCUGAGAGCUCUGUCCAAGAGAAGGCCCUGGAGGCUUUAGACAAUGUCUUGCUCAGCCAGGUCAAAGUAUACUCUCCAAGCCGACAUCUAGAUACUUGCCAGAAGCUGACGUGGAAUUUGCUGAAUCUGCUCUGUAAUGAGUGUCAUGACCUUGGCCACUAUUUCAGUCGGGCCAUCACCAUCUGGACAAAACAAAAUAAAUUUACUACAACAUUUAUAACAAACCUGAUUUCACACACUGAGACGGAUCACAGUUCCGGAGCCUGGCUGUUGCUUUCCAAGGUAGUCGCUGCAUCACCCAAUAUUCCUUAUGGAAAAAUCCUGGAUGCUUGGGACAACAUGGUCAGUUCAAAAGAUGGGAGUGUGACAACCUGUUGUCACAUGAUGUGUGUUAUUGGAGAAAUAUCUACUCACUUGAAUGAAGACACAAAGGAUAGGAUAGUCGAUGAUCUUACACGUUGGUUAAAAUCCUUUACGAUGUCUCUUGAGGUUAUCAGCGCUGCUAUAGAUACUCUUUGCCGACUUGGCAGCAGUGAAGAUGUCAAACAGACUCAGGCUUUCCUGAAUCAUCACUGUGGUGAAUUGAUAUCAAUAUGCGAGACUUAUCUAGCUGGUGUCAUCCUGAAUGAAAAUGGAACCCAAAAUAUCAAUGAAGAGCUAAUGGUGAAACACCUUCACACCUUUGGUUGUGCAUCGCUCAACUGUCCUACCAGAGUGACCAAAAGAAUGGUGUUACUUGUGGAAUCUAUCCUUACCACACAUUUAGACAAACUCCCAGAUUGUCAGGGUGAGCUACCAGCUUCACUGCCUGUCUCCCAGUUCAAAGAAAACGCAAUGCCAAGCAUAGUCAGAGCACAUGGUGUCAUUACUUUGGGUAAGCUGUGUCUACAGCAUGAGGAACUGGUCCAGAAGUACCUUCCCGUGUUCGCUAGGGAGCUAGAGAUCGGCACAGAAGUCGCUGUGCGCAACAAUGUCGUGGUGAUAAUGUGUGAUCUAUGUGUUCGAUACACAAAUGUAGUAGAUCACUACAUCCCCAACAUAUCUGCCUGUCUUCGAGACAAUGAAACAAUCAUCAGGGAGCAGACUCUCAUCAUGCUGACCAACCUUCUCCAGGAGGAAUUCGUGAAAUGGAAGGGUUCUCUUUUCUUCCGCUUCAUGGUAGCUCUAGUUGAUCCUGUCCCAGCCAUUGCCAGUCUGUGUGAAUACUGCCUUCUUCACUUACUGCUGCGGAAAAACCCAGAAAUGUUUAGCCAACAUUUCAUUGAGUGUAUCUACCACUUCAAUUCCUACAGUGCACACAAAUCCUACAACAAGUUCCCUCAAACUGAGAGUGAAAAGGUUCGGUUCUCUCUAAAAGGGCCCCAGCACCGUGAGAAACGUUUUCGGAUUUACCGUUUUCUACUAGAACACUUCACUGAUGCCCAGCGCUUCAACAUAUCCAACAGGAUAAAUCAAAAUGUACUGGCCUGCUUUGCAGAUGAGGAGCUGCCUCUUGAUGCAGGUGGAGCAGAUAUUUUAUCUGAGACCUUCAACAUACUGACUCUUAAGGAGAUGAAGCUGAAGGCCAUGUCUCAACCAGAUGGAAUUGCUGCAGGGGAGGAGCAAGAAGAGGCGAACAUGGCCACUAUGACAAAAGUCGUUCUUCAAGCAGCUCAAAAUAAGGUGGCUUCUCAGGUUAAGAAGAGGGCCUUUAUAGAGAACACAGUUCCUCUAAUUAUCAACUUAAAGCACUUACUUGAGCAAAAAAAGUCCCCUGUCCUCAAAGAUCUCACAGCCUACCUACGGGUGACAAUGCAGGACUACCGUGAUGAAGUGAAAGAGUUUUUUGCUGGCGAUGACCAACUAGCAGCAGAAGUGGAGUUCAUUCUAAAGGAAGCCGAGAAGGAGCGCGAUAUGGAGAAGCAGAUGGACAACUGCAACCUGAUGGAAAAGCAGGCUUCGGUCCAUUCCUCUCCUGCUAGGUCGGGGGUGGCACAUUCUUUCAACUUUGCAACUCCACAGCCAUUGAAUCAAAAUCAUCGGCGUGCACAAAGCGAGAGAGCCUUUAGUACACCCAACGGUGAUGGCAAGAAUUUAAGUUUUGAGGAUGGAGUCAGUGCCAUUUACAGUGAUAAAACAGCAGGUUCACAUGAGGAGUCAAGCAUUCUUCAAGUACGGUCGGGUGAAGAGCAACCUGCUAGACCAAGACAGUGGAACGUAAAGUCUCCUCUCCGUCAGCAAAAAGAAGCCUGUGUAUAG